UCGAUCCCCGCGGUGACGUCGCUCCCCGCGUCGCGUGCGCGCCUUUCGCGAAUCCGCGCACGCGCCGAAUGCGAUUACAACUUUCACACAACGUUAAGGAGCAGGGGAGUUUUUCAAAAACUUAUCUUUGGCGUUGUUAAAGUAGUCGAGUGUUUUGCGUGGAGAGGCGGCUGCGGCGGCGGCCGCAGGCUUCGGACGUCAGAAGUCUUGCGGCGAGCAAUCAACGUGCACUUUCGCGGUUUUCGACGGCCGCGCACGCGUGGCGGUGCCGUGCCUCGCUGUUGGAACGUCGCGCUCCGGGAAGGAUGGCGGGCAGCGUGCCGGCGUUCGUGCGCGUCGCCUUCUCCGACCUGGAGUUCUACGAGCACUGCGGCGGCGGCAGCUUUGGCAGCGUGUACCGCGCUCAGUGGCUCUCGCAGCGACGUGAAGUCGCCGUCAAGAAACUGCUCAAGAUCGAGAAUGAGGCCGAAAUACUGAGCAUUCUCAGUCACAAGAAUGUGAUCAAGUUUUUCGGCGCUGUAACGGAUCCACCAAACUAUUGUAUCAUUACUGAGUUUGCGGCCAAGGGGUCCCUGUUUGAGUUCUUGGCAAAGAAGGAAAGCGACAACAUGGAGAUUGACCAGAUUUUUGCCUGGACUGCGGACAUCGCGAGAGGAAUGAACUACUUGCACGAAGAAGCUCCAGUCAAGGUUAUCCACAGGGAUUUGAAAUCUCGGAAUGUUGUGAUAAGUUCUGACAACAUUCUCAAGAUCUGCGAUUUUGGCGCGUCGCGCCUGCACUCGCACACCACCCACAUGAGCCUGGUGGGCACCUUCCCCUGGAUGGCGCCCGAGGUCAUCCAGAGCCUGCCCGUGUCCGAGACGUGCGACGCAUUCUCCUUCGGAGUUGUGCUGUGGGAGAUGUUGACUCGGGAGGUCCCCUUCAACGGCCUGGAGGGUCUGCAGGUCGCCUGGCUGGUGGUGGAGAAGAACGAGAGGCUGACCAUACCCAGCAGCUGCCCGCCUAGCUUUGCAAACCUCAUGAAGGAGUGCUGGGAGACCGAUCCAAAGAAGAGACCCACCUUUAAGAAAAUCCUGCAGAUGCUGAACUCCAUGGAGCAUGACACCCUCCUCUCCAGCCUCUGCAACUCCUUUCUGCACAACAAGGCAGUCUGGAGGGUGGAGAUAGAGGCGACGUUGGAGCGGCUCAAGAAGCUGGAGCGAGACCUGAGCAGCAAGGAGCAGGAGCUGCGGGAUCGGGAGCGGCGCCUCAAGAUGUGGGAGCAGAAGCUCAAAGACCAGGGCUCGUCCUACACAUCUACAUCCUGUUCUCUUUACUCCUGGAGCGAAACGGAUGUGGCCGACUGGAUCCGCCAAAUUAGUUCGGAGGCGAACGGAGACCUUGCGGUGUAUGCGGAGCUCUUCCAGCAGCAGCACAUCACGGGACAGAGGCUGCUGCUGCUGGAGGACAGUGACUUCCUCGCCAUGGGCGUCAAGUCGCGUGGCCACAUCCUGCACCUCAAGAAAGCAAUCGGGAAGCUCUACCAGAAAUUCAUGGACCUGGUUCAUUUCCCACCUCUCAUGCAGGAGCUUGAACCCGUCUCUCCUCCCGAUUCCAGCGAGGAAGAGGUCACCUUGGAACUUGUCAUUGGCUACCACAUCAUCCCAGGAAAAACACUGCAGGACUGCAAGUGGAAGAUGUACAUGGAGGUCGAUGGCGAUGACACCUUCAUCAAGGAAGUGAAUUUCCACCUCUCGGCGCCUGCGUCGAACACUAUCAAACUCUCGCAGCCACCGUUUGUGAUGUCGAGAUGGACCGUGGGUCUCGCCGAGGGCCAGACAGUGGAGUGUGUCGUCACCUACGCGGACAGCGUGCGGUCACCGGCGUACACGCGGCACGUGCACGCGGUGCGCGCGGGCGAUGCCGCCGCCGCCGCGCCGCACAUCGAGAGCGUCGCGCUGCGUGUAAAGCCGGCGCCGCCGAGCCGUGGCCGCAAGACUCCGUCGAGCCACAGCAGGCGCAGCUCCGUGAGUCCACUGCCGGGCGCCCCGAGUGACCUGCACGGCUGCUGGAGAGACCGCUGGGAGAGGCACGCCGUCAUGCCUCCCGGUAUCGGCGGGAACCCACUCCCGUCGCCAUCGCUCUCACCAGUCGGGAUUUUCCUGCCGUGCAGCGGGGCGAUGUCGCCGCGCAGGAGCGGCAGCCCGGUGUGCAUCACCCCGCACCUCGCGCCGGUCAAGACACCCGGCGCGCUGCUCUCGCCGCCCGCCCGCUACAGCUACGCGUCGGUGGUGCGGCGCGCCAGCCAGCCAGGCCGCGCCGUCGGGGUGGACGGCUUCUUCCCCGAACUGCCGCCGUCGGCGUCGCCCCGGGCCGCGGCGGCUCCGGUGGCACAGCGGGAUGGACUUAAGCCCACGGAGCUCGCCUGGUUGCAGUUGCAGCUCUCCUCCAUUCAGCUUGCGCAGCAGAAGCACGGAAUCUUCAGGGAGGACAGCGGCUACAGCAUCUCCACGGAGGGCAGCGUGGCUUCCACGAACCGCCAGAUCAGCUGCGGCUACGUCAGCGGCGACGAAAGGGUCACGUUGACGGCCAGCGUCGGCGCGACCCAGCGAAGCGCGACCGCGAGCUCCGCGCAGGGCCUCUCGCUGCCCGGAGGUUACCAGAGGGGCAGCGGCAGGCCCCCUCCGUCGCGGGGGGGACGGUGGAGCGGACGGAUCAGAAGUGGCGGUGGCGGGAGGAACGCGGGAGACGGCGUCGGGGACUCGCCCGUGUCCCGGCAGGGCUGGCCGAGUCGGCCUGCGCAGAGAGGAGCCGGCGCCGGCGCCCACCACAACCGACGGGGACAGUGGCACUCGGCCAGCCGGGCGGAGCAGAGCUACGGGACGGCGCCGAACCGCAGCGUCGACGCUGGUCGGGCGGCGAGCGACGGGGUGGCGCCGGGCGGCCCCGAGCAGGCCAGCGACUGGAUCAUAGUGGAACGGCACAAGCGGCAGUUCAGGACGGAGAGCGCGAGGAGGCCGGGCGUCGGGCCCAGCAGGAGGCACGGCGGCGGCAGGAGAGACUACUGAACGGUCCACCCCGCCGGCCAGGUUGGUCGUGAACUACUAUGGACAUCGCCAUCGCUUUGUCCCCCCCCCCCGCCCCGUCUUUGUAAAGCACCUAGCUGAUAAAAUAAAUAAGUUAUCUGCAUUCGAUAUUUAAUUAUUUUAUGCCAAAAGCAACUCGGGAGAACAAAGCUGCAGAUAAGUCAGACUUACAAUGUUUGUUUUUAUAUGCAUUUUGUAUAACUGUCGUAAUGAUAAUAAAACCACUGCAUACGUCACUGGAACCACUGCAAUAAUAUGUGCUGCUCAAACAGUUAUAUCUUUUUGACAACCGUCAGGGUUUUCCAUGCGACUGCUUGACUCUGGCAUUUGACAAAAAGCCAUUUUCAUCCAAUGUUUGUUGUAUGUGUGUACGUAUGUUGAACUUCCUUUGUGCAGCACCUAGCCAACCGCGCUAAUCGGGAGGUACGGUGGAAGGACAACAAACUCAACACAAAAAGCAGUUCUAAAGAUAUGAGUUUUGUUGUGCCAUUCCUCCGCUCUGCUCGGAUUGUUAUGUAGUGUUGCACGAUGUAAAUACUUGUCUGCAAAGGGAUGUCAUUGAACUGAAUUUGGUGGAAAUAAUGAUUGUAUCUUUUUAUACUGUUCAAAAGAUACUGCUCUAAAGUAGAACACACUUUCAGUGUGUGUAUUUGAGAUAAAUUAAUACAUGUAUUUAUUUUUGAUGACCUGUACAUAACCGCCGAUAACCAAAUUACAUGAAAUGUGCCGAUACCAGACGCUAAGCAGGUUUGAGCCUGGAUAGUGAUUGGAUGGGCGACCGCCAUGCAGAAAAUGGCAGUGCAGCACAUGCCACUGUUGUACUGUAAUUCUUUGCUCCCUGCCUUCACCAACUCCCAUGACCAGCACAUUGGGGUGAAUUCAGUCAGUUAAUUCAUAAAACUGUUACAGUUCUAUGUGUGAAAACAAUAUAAAAAUGUGAUGUGGGCUAAUCGAUAGGACCUUUUUAAAAAAAAAACAUUUCCUCCAAGGCUGGUGUUUGAUUUACAUUACAUACACACAAGUUGCAUAAAUUAAGUUUAAAACAGAUCUGAGCAGCCUUGGGAGUUCCUCAUCCAGCUGUGGAUUGACCAUGGCUGAUGAUGGAAACGUCCUCUAUGCCAGGAGAUCUAUAGUGUCGAUGUGCAAAUCAUCAUAAGCCACGUUUGCAUGCAAGCUUGUAUAGUGGGUUUUAUGGAAGGCGGAGACGAAUCUUUGGAGGCAACACUUUAUUCCAAAUAAGCUGCAGUACAGCCACAGUCUCUCACGAGGGCAGCGGCCCUUUCUGACUACCGCCUGGGGAGGUACUGCCUCCGGGCUAGUAUGCCCUAUCACGGGGCUACAGGCUCUGGGUCCUCCGGCUACGAGUGCCCUAGGGGAGGCUGCACUGACCUGACCCAACCAAGGUACGGGUCCCGACCACUGGCCCACUCGGACCCGGCCCUUACAAGGGCAGCGGGGCUAGGGGUCCCAGGGUACUAGCACGCUGGUCUUCUAGCUUCUGUCUUGGACUGGCCCUGUACCCUUCCAGAGUUCCUGGCCCCACCUACCUUCCAGAGAGUUCCGGUGGGGGGGGGGGGGGGGUCCCAGGACACCCCAUAGUCCCCUCUUAUUGAGAGGGGUCCCGGGGGAUCCUAGAACACUCCCAAGCCACCUCCUGCUCUGGGGCUAGGGAUAUAGCGACUGCCCAUGCUGGACCGUGUCUGCCCCUGCAGGUAAGUGUACACAGUCCAUGUACAGCGCUACACUUGCAUGGCCUUAUGAGUUUAAAUGGAUGUCAUUUGAUUUGUAAUGAAUGGUGUGCAUAUCGAUGUUCCUCUUCACGUUUUGAGAUCUUGACGGUGUGAAUUGCACCUACAGUAUUCCCUCGUUAUUCGCGAGGGGAUACAUUCCGGAGAGGCUUGUGAAUGGAAAAUUUCGUGGACAAUGAUAUUGGCCUACGAAUUACCUUAAAUAAAUACACAAGCUAUGAAAAACAGGAAAAUUAUGAUAACACGAAAAAAUUGGUGAAAUAAACAAUGUAAAUACAUUUUGAUUUAAAGCUUUCGUGACUCCAUGGAUUCAUAUUCUUGGUUCUUUCGGUAAGGUCUUGUAUUGUUUCCCUUCUACGUGACUUUACCGAAAGAACCAAGAAUAUAAAUGUAAAUACAAAUAAAUAUUAAAGUAUUAAAUAAUAGUUUAUAAAUGAACUUACCUUAAAUCAUGAUGAUGCUGCUGCGCAGUAGGAUGCAGUAAUAAUGCUGACGACGAUGACAAUGAUGAUCAUUGUGAUCGUUCCUGCCUCCUAUCUCAUCACUUUAUCACAUCGCUUUCCUUACUCUCGAUGCAGUUGUGUGGAGUUCCAGAUGCGAUUCGCGGAUAGCAAGUUCGUGAAUAAUGAGGGAAUACUGUAUUUGUCGCUAUGUGUACAGCAAUAAGCCAGUGUAUUUAAAUAAAAUAUGACAGACCUUUUGAAA